UAAGAUAGAACGGCCGACAUUUUGUUUUUCAGUCUCCUAAACGUAUCGGAGCAAGCAUAUAGUGUGUUUCAACAAAGUUUUAUCAAAUAUUGUUCAUGUGUUUGUGAGAUUGGGGAGAGAAAAGGAAAAUGGGAGGGCGCGUGGUAACGUCUGUCAUUUUUGCGCUCCUAGCGAUUGGCGUGCACUGUCAAGAUGAAACAACUGUCAAGCCGGAGUCAAAUGCAGUUGCAAACAAUAAUAUUUGCAAACUUUGCAAAUGUGCAGACAAUAAGGUAGAUUGCGUCGACCAGGGCAUUGCCACUUUCUUCACCACAGUCGAAUGGGAAGGUCUCAUCGAUUUCAAGCCCGAAGAAGUUAACCUUAGCGAGAACCGUUUCACCAACAUCACCAUGAUAGCUGACCUGACAAUAGAAGUCCUCAACCUGUCGAGGUGUAGCAUAGAGUUCAUUGAAAACGCCAGCUUUAGAGACCUGCAAGAGAUGAGGGUUCUAGACUUGAGCUACAAUAAGUUGACCACUGAGAAACUGAGCCCCCAUGCUUUUGAGGGUCGUUUCGCUCCUGAAGAGUAUGAGCCUCUAGCUUCCAUGAGAGUCCUCAAUUUGGCGUACAACGACCUUCACUCGCUCCAUCAGGACUUGUUCGAACAUCUACCAGAAUUGGAAGAGUUGGAUUUGAGUGGAAACCCCUUGACAACUAUUGAUCAUGUCACUUUAAUUGCCAUUUCUAGUUUGCCAAUGUUGAAGUCGUUAAGAAUGCGUUCCUGCCAACUCGCAGAGAUACCGAGCAAGUUCCUUCACACUCCUCGUUACUUGGAGCGCCUGGACAUCAGCGACAACCGUCUGUCUGCCGUCCCUCAAGAGCUGGAUGAAGCCAAGAACUUGGUCUACUUGAAUUUGAAUCAGAACCCUAUUAUUGAACUGGAUAUGACGUCGGAAGAUUAUCCUGGCUUCCCCCGUCUCCGGAAACUCCAAGAGUUACACAUGUGUAAUAUGCCCAAACUCCGUCGUAUCGGCAUGGGAGCCCUCGCAGGAUUGGAGUCAGUUCAGAAGCUACACAUCAGCUUCAACCCUUCUCUUAGUGAGAUCGAUCCCAAGGCUUUAGCUAGACCUGAUGAUAUUGGCGAAACUUAUGACUGGCCUGCGGUUAAAGAAUUGUACCUAAAAUCCAACAACCUAUCUGACGUGGAUUCCCGCCUGAUCUCUCGCUGGGACUUGCUAGAGAAGGUGGAUGUGUCUGACAAUCCUUACCUCUGCGACUGUUCUACACAAUGGAUGGUUGAUAUCCUCACUCCGGUUGUGGAAACUAAAGGAGGAAAUGCUUCUACUAUGGUAUGCCAAGAACCUAUAGAGAUGCGAGGCUACACGAUGAAACACCUUCAUGAGAUUCACCGAACGAUGCGCUGUGUCGACAAGUAUGGUCACCGACCCGAGAAAGAUGGUGCUAUAUUGCUUGGAACUCUCAUUGGUGUUCUCUUAGCAGUGCCAAUAAUGUUGAGUUUGAUGCUCCUCUGGCGUCACGGGUACUUCGCGUGGCUAGGACUUCGCCCCCCUGUGGACGUAUCCCGCGCUUUUUACAAAAGAGCCCCCGCUGAUGACAGUUACUAAAUUAUUAAAGAGACUGGCUGAUUGUAACGUUCAUUAAUUUUCGUGUUAAAGGCAAACUUUUUGUCACUAUUGAGUUUUGCGAGAAUAGUAUUUCUUUCAAUUAUUUUUUGGUUGCAUAAACUUACUUUGGUGCGUAAUAUUUUUGAAUUUGUUAAUAAAUAUGUUUUUUUUUUUCAUGAUUUUGUUUUGCAAAUUACGUACUUGGAUAUUUAGAUAUAUGAUAACAAAGUUACUUUUCGAAGAUUUUUUUUCAGUUACAUAGAACUUUAUGUGCUAAUGUAAAAAAUCCUAAGUAUGUAUUAUCAAAAUUGUUUUGCCAUUAUUUAUUAUUUUUUCAAUUUUUUGUAAUUUUUUGUUACAUACCUAUUUUUGUGAAAGUCGGUAAAGAAAGAUUAAAUAUUUCAUAAUGUUAUUUUAAGAAAUAUUUUGUGUUCUUACGACUAGUCAAUCGGUCAGUCAGUCAGUCAGUCGGUCAGUAGAUUCAAGAGAUAUCAUAAGUUUGUGAUAAUCUUAGAGUCAGUUUAGGUUAGUUUAAUAUUUUUUUGUAUGUUAGGUUUUAAUGUUAAGAGUUUAUUAAAAGUAUUUUUUAUGACGUAAGAAUA